GAGCUCCUGUCAAAGACAGCCGAGAACUUCCAGGCAUCAGAGACACGCCGGCUGGAAGCAGAGGGCGUGGCGCACGAGCUCAAGCAGCGAAUCGUUCAGCUCGAGGCGCAGCUCAAGAGCAGGUCAGACCGGCCAGAAUCCAGUCCCGGCGAGCCGAUGGAGCCCAACGUGGAUCGUGUUUCGCUGGUCAGGAAUGCGCCAACUUUGCCCAAUACACCACUGCUGGAGACCCGCAAGGUGCUGGAUGCUCGCCGCAUCUCGAGCCAAUCUGGCUUGGGGUCGCAGGUGCGACUGGCUGACGAGAGUUGUGACAACUGUGGAUUGAGGGAACUUUCCGUCCCGGUCUUUACUCUUGACUGCAGUUUGGCACCGUGUCAAGUUGCGGGCUUGAAACGGCCCCCACGAAACCGAAUUACAGAAUUUGCUUUACGUUGCACGGGAAGUGUAGAACGGUCGCCUGCGACCUCAAAGCACUCUCGCUGUGGAUGCAAGUGGGGAGCAGCAGUCCUUGUCAAGAACAUGGCAACGAGAAGCUUCCGAACCACCUUGACUGCCUGUUUUGUUGUAGACGCCUCCUGUACUCGUAUAUGA